AUGCUUCGCCUAUUUGACGAACUCGAGUCUGGCCAAGGGCUACGCACCUCUGAUAGUAUUUCAAUACUCCCUGUCUAUGCCUUUCGUCUGAGUCCAAUCGGGGAACAGGGUCUCAUCUCCGUGGAUGGUGAGCGCGUACCUUCUGGUGAAUUCCAGGCCGAAGUAAUACCUGGCCAUAUACGGUUGCUGACUGGGCCAAUGAUUUCGCAUUGA